AUGUGGCCCAUCGGAUGGGAAGGGAUAUCCCGGGCCGAAUUUGCAUGGUCCGAGGCACCUCGCCCUCGACCUCUCAUCCUUCGGGGCCCCGCCCUCUGGACCACCGGAGGACGCCGUCGCAGGGGUACCGCGCCAGGCUGGCGCGGGGCGCGACGCUCGGCGGGUCGUGCGGCGCUUUCGUGCUGCGCUACGCACUGCCACCUCGACAUGAUCCUGCCCAGGCUGAACGCGGAGCGGCACGAGGAUGCCCAGAAGGCCAAGGCGGAUGGCAGGCCCGGGCCAUCGCUGCUCGCUAGCGGCAGGGACUUCGAGGGUUGGCGCGCGUCCCUGCAAGGCGGCGAGCAGGGCUUCGACGGCUGCGUGCACGUCGCGUGCAGUGCCGGGUCCCUCGAGACCGGCAAGCAGCUGCUGGCGCACGAGGGCGUGCACGGUGCUUUCGGCAUCCACCCGCUGUCCGCGGGCGGGUGGUCCGACGACGUGGAGCGGCGGCUGUGGGACCUGAUGGGCCUCGAGAAGGCGGUGGCCCUGGGCGAGUGUGGCUUGGAUUAUUUCGACAAAACGCCCGCGGGCAGGUCCAGAGUGCGGGCUUCAGGGAGCGGCAGCGGCACGUCUUCGAGCGGCAGCUGA